UUUUUAUCAUCAACAUAGAUAACGCUGAUCAUUUCAGUGCUAAAUAUGUUCCUGUGUUAGAUUGGUGAGUUUACGGAUAAGCAUUAGUGGUGUAAUCCAAAUAUUGUGUAAUAAUAAAAUUGUGCAACAAUAUCUGAUGGUAACAGUAAGUUCCUCAAACAGGAACCAGAUGAAGAGCAAGAAAAAAAAAAAAAAAAAUUGACCAUUUGCUCUGAACUGCCGUCACGUCGGUUUAUUUCAGCUCUUCAGGUAGCGGACCCAGUUUCCAGUGAUUAUUUCGGUUUUUAAGCACAUUAGUCUGAUAUGUUGCAAACGCUGCUGUUCAUCUUGACUGUCAUUACGACGACGAACUGUGAGCUUUUACACCACGAUGCACCAACUAACUUCUCUAUUGAAGUUGCAAAAACUGCCACCGGAGAGGCCGGAUUGUGCAUCCUAGUGUACUGUUUUUUCACUCUCCCUCAAAAUGUCUCACAUCCCAUUAAGAGAACCUGGUUUAAAGGAGAUCCACAAAACUCAUCUGUUGAAGUUCCCAAUUUUAUGUCAAAUACCGGACGUUCUAAAAAUGAGGAAGAGUGCAGCUUUUUCGUAAACCAACUGGUUCAGGGUGAAUCUGAUGGUCAAUACAGAUUAAAACUGGAGUGGGGAAAAGGAAACGUGUACGUUUUUCCCGAGACGGUUAAUAUUACUGUUAAAGAGCUUACCCAGAAACCAACAAUAAUUGUCCCCCAGCUCACAGCGGGAGAGAAGGCAGAGAUAUCCUGCAAAGUUCCAGGUGAUUGCAGAGAAAACGUAGCCGAUAUUGUGUGGACAGGGAUUAGGUCGAAUAAUACUGGAUUCUUUUCUUAUGGAGUGCCAAGCCAGUAUAAGCAAUUUUCUAAAAUGACUUUUUAUCCCAAGUCCGAACAUCACAAUACUGAGCUCACCUGCACGGUGACACUUAAAGGACAUAUUCGGACCGAAAGUACAGUCAUUCUCAAAGUAAAAUAUUCGCCAAUAAUCCUGAACAGCUCCCAUUGUUUGAUGAGAGGUGAUGAGCUAAGCUGCAUGUGCGUCAGCAGUGCUGUGCCGUUACCACAGAUAUACUGGCCGAUACUGAACGAUACCGCUAAAUACUACAGUGCCGUUUCAAAGGAGAACAUCAUCAGCAUUAGCAACAUCUCCAUUCCUGGUUUCGGGAAUGUCAAUGCUACUGUCGAGUGUGUCAGUGAGAAUCUCAUUGGUACAACAAAGAUGGAAAUCAUAGUGCACAAACAUGGUGAAAAGUCCCAAGAAAUAAGUGGCGGUUUGUCAACCGUUUGGAUAUUAUUUACCCUUUCAGUUGCUCUAAAUGUCAUCUUUGCUUCCUGUUUGAUUGUCUUUGUUGUACGGAGGAGACAAAAAUACAUCGAACCAAAACAUGAAGACCAUAUCUACAUGACUGCUAUGAAGAGAGAGGAAUCAGUGUAUGAGACUAUCAAAAUGUGAGAGAGGUCUUAGUGAUCUGAUCAGCACAUUCGUUUUUUGUUACCUGUCUUUUGGUCUAUUUUUUGUUCAUGCUGAAGACAUACUCUUUUCAUACUUAAAGACAUAAAAAUAUUCUUUUUUAUUGUUUAUUCCUCAUGACAUUCCAGAUGACUUUCUGCAGUUGAACACGAACAGGAAGCAUGAUAUACUGUGGUGUGAAAAAGUGUUAGCCCCCUCCUGAUUUCUUAUUUGUAGGAUGUUUGUCACACUAGAUGUUUCAGAUCAUCAAACUAAUUUAAACAUUAAUCAAAGAUUAGCACAAUAUGCAGUUUUUAUUAUGAAGGGGGAAAAAACCAAACCCACAUUUUGCAAUCGAGGACCUGCGUGACAAAGUGAGGUAGACCAAAAGAUCCUCGAAAGCUACACAGAAAUUCAGGAACAAAUGAGAAAGAAAGUAACUGAGAUCUAUCAGUCUGCAAAAUGUUAUAAAGCCAUUUCCACAGUGAACCACAGUUACAGCCAUUAUCUACAAAUGACGAAAACUGUGAUGAAGCUUCUCAGGAGUGGCCAGCCAACCAAAAUGACCCCAACAACUCAUCCAAGAGGUCACACAAGACCCCAUAACAUCCAAAGAACAUCAUACCAACAGUAAAUAUGGUUGUGAUCUGGGGCUGUUUUGCUGCUUCAGGACCUGGAAGACUUGCUGUGAAUAAUGGAACCGUGAAUUCUGCUGUCUACCAAAAAAUCCUGAAGGACAAUGUCCGGCCAUCUGUUCGUGACCUCAAGCUGAAGUGAACUUGGGCUCCCAAACACACCAGCAAGUCCACCUCUGAAUGGCUGAAGAAAAACAAAAUGAAGAUUUUGGAGCGGCCCAGUCAAACUCCUGACCUGAAUCCUAUUGAGAUGCUGUGGUAUGAAAUUAAAAAAGGCGGUUCACGUUCGAAAAAUGUGGAUGAAUUGCAACAGUUCUGCAAAGAUGAAUUCAGCGCUGUAACAGACUCACUGCAAGUUAUCAUAAAUGCUUGAUUGCAGUGUUGCUGCUAACCAGUUAUUAGAUCUAGAGGGCAAACACUUCUUCACAGAGGGCCAUGUGGGUUUGGAUUUAGUUUUCCCUUCAUAAUAAAAACGCAUUAUCAUUUAAGAACUGCAUUUUGUGUUUACUUGUGUUAUUUUACAGUAAUAUUUCAAUUUGUUUGAUGAUCUGCAACAUGUGUGAGAAAUAUUAAAAAUAAAAAAAGGGAACGGAACCUGUUUGUUCAUCAAACAAACUCAUGUAUAUAACACAUAUAUGACAUGAUCAUUUCGCUUCAACUGGCACCAAUUGGAUUACCUUUAAAUACAUUAUGCGUGGUUUCUGAAGCUUAAAUGUGUUAGUUCACCCAAAAAUGAAAUUAGCCCAUGAUUUACUCACUCCCAAGCCAUUCCAGGUGUACAUGGCUGUUUUUUUCCCAGACAAAUCCAAUCAGAUUAAUUUCUGUGGGUGGGUUUCCAUUUUCGAUAUGUCAACUUGCAUUAUAAUGUAGACUAAUUAUUUUUAUGCAAAUACGUUUCUUAUUUAUUCCAGUAAAUCUUCCGGAAAAGCAGUCGUUUCUCCAAAAACAUGUACAAAUAAAGCAACCUGUUCACCAUUAUGUUUACUUUAUUUGUCGUUUCACUUUUAAAGAAGACUGGCAUCCUUUGAGGCUGGAGACUUUUAUUAAACAAAAAGAAAGCAAGCAAAGGACGUCGUAUAAAUUAUUAUUUAAAUAACGAUUGGAGGUUUUCUGUUCUGCAUUAUUAUGUCAAUAAGGAGACAACAUUACUUUGUUCAUUAUUAUUGCCAUCACACAGUCAGAUACAUACAAAUAUUCUUUACAACACUCAAAGUGAAAAAUUAGGUUUGACCUACAAAUGCGCCCCCCAAUCUGUUUGCAUACAAAUAAAUAUAUGUGUAUAUAUCUUCAAACAUGGACUGUCUGUGUUACUAAUUGCACAUAUAAUGUCAUUUUGUGUGUGACUUCCUGCAAAAUAUACACCAUUGUUGCACAAUGUAUGUUCUUGUUGUGUGGUCAAAGUUUCACAACACAGAACUAUAUAUCAUGCAGAGUAUUUACAUACGUUGGUAUCUUACCAAGGUGCAUUGAAUGCUUGAUAAAUGUAAGAUGCAAUUAAUUUAAUAUCAUAAUGACUCAUUAAUCUGUUAGUCAAAUUGCAUUUCGAGGGCUAAUCGCAUAUACUGACCAUCUAACAAACAUCUAUCGACACAACCUUACCAGAGGAUUACAUGAUUACAUAAAACAUUACAUUUAUUUCAAGCACCUUAGGUAAAGCGAUACCAUCCUAUAUGUUCCAAACUGUGGUUAUUUCUUAUAGAGUUUCAAAGGAUGAGCUACAACAAUCCAUUAUUUAAUACGACUUCUGUUUCUAUCAAAUCAGCUUAAUAUUGGAUUGCAGCGUGUACCGGGGCAGGGAUGACCAUCAGGCAUUAUCAUAUACUACAUCCUAUAAGAUUGGCUAAAUUAUUAUCAGGGUGAUUUUGCUCCUCAGAGUAUUUGGAACAUAUUUAAAACAAAUAUAUGUCUGAAUAAAAGGGCACAAAGUAGUUGGGACAAACAAAAUCCAGCAACCAUUCAAUAAACCAGUUUUGAAUCCAGUUACUGGCCUGUUUUCAUUUACAAAUACAAAUAAAUGAAGAUACAGUAUAAAUUAAAAGUAAAAAACAAUAUAAGUUGAAAGGAACAGCUCACCCAAAAAUUGACUUUUUGUCAUCAUUUACUCACCCUCGUUGUUCCAAACAUGUACGGGUCUCUUUAUCCUGCUGAACAUAAUAAAAGAUAUUUAAGUUCAUGUAGCCAUUGACUUCCAUUGUGUUUCUUCUGUGCUGUGGAAAUCAAUGCUACCACCAACGUUGUUCAAAAUAUCUUCUUUUAUGUUCCACAGAAGAAAACCAUACGGCUUUGGAACUAAACGGUAAAUGAUGACAUUUUUUUUUUCAUUUUUGGGUCUCUUUAAACCAACAAUAAGGAUGU